UCUGUGAGUGUGAACUUCGGAGUGUAGUCGUUGCUUGCCGCACAUAUUUUUUAUUAAGAAUAAAUCAGUUUAAUUAAAUAUAUAUACUUUCCACAAAAUGUCUGUUGCCGUUAAAGGAAUUUUUAUUGUGGGUGCCAAGCGUACACCUUUUGGUACGUUUGGCGGCGUUUUUCGCAACACAUCAGCAACUGACCUUCAAACUUUAGCAGUAACCGCGGCCUUGAAAGAGGCGGGGGUAGCCCCUGACCAAGUCGAUUCAGUUGUUGUGGGUCAGGUUAUGAGCGCAACUCAAGCUGAUGGCAUCUACACACCAAGGCAUGCAGCACUUAAAGCUGGUAUUCCCCAAGACCGACCAGCAUUGGGUAUUAACAGGCUCUGUGGAUCUGGUUUCCAAUCAAUUGUUAAUAGUGCGCAGGAUAUCUUAACAGGAUCAGCUAAUAUAUCCGUCGCUGGUGGCGUCGAAAAUAUGUCCCAAGCUCCCUUCACUGUACGUGGGGUUAGAUUUGGGACUGCACUUGGGUCCAGCAUUGCGUUCGAAGAUUCUUUAUGGACCGGCUUAACCGACUCAUACUGUGGUCUACCCAUGGGUAUGACAGCGGAGAAAUUGGGCGCCCAGUUCGGAAUCACCAGGGAUGAGGUCGAUAACUUCGCGUUGAAGUCACAACAGAAGUGGAAGACAGCUAACGACGCGGGCCUGUUCAAAGCUGAAAUCGAACCUGUAACUCUGACGAUAAAGAAGAAAGAAGUGAAAGUGGAAGUAGACGAACAUCCUCGCCCGCAGACCACUUUGGAGUCACUUAAGAAACUUCCUCCUGUGUUUAAAAAGGAAGGAUUGGUCACUGCCGGAUCAGCCUCGGGUAUUAGUGAUGGAGCUGGUGCCUUGGUCUUAGCCAGUGAAGGGGCAGCUAAGAACCUCAAACCUCUCGCUAGGCUGGUUGGGUGGUCUUACGUUGGAGUAGACCCUAGUAUCAUGGGUUUGGGACCCGUUCCCGCUAUCGAGAACUUACUUAAGGUCACCAAGUUGUCUCUCAAUGAUGUAGACCUAAUUGAGAUCAAUGAAGCUUUCGUUGCCCAAAUCCUAUCAUGCGCCAAAGCUCUGAAGUUGGACUUUGAGAAGCUCAACGUGAAUGGAGGCGCCACUGCCGUUGGACAUCCUCUUGCCGCAUCUGGAUCGAGAAUUACAGCACAUUUAAUUCACGAACUUAGACGUCGCGGCCUGAAGCGUGGUAUUGGAUCUGCCUGCAUCGGGGGAGGACAAGGAAUUGCCGUCAUGGUUGAAACUGUAUAAAUGUGCUCAUGGAAAUCAAACUUUAUAUCAGAUUUAUAAGUAAAAAUGUAAUUAACGAACAAAUUGUCACAAAAAAAAUGAAAUUGAUUUGGAAUUAAUUGAAACUAGGGAUAGCGGCCAGAACCCGUGACAAUUGGACUAGCUGACACUUUAACUUGUCUCAGAGCAUCUGUCAAAUUUAAAUUUUAUAUUUAGAACACAAAAUUGUCUCUGAAUAUGGUAUAGAGGUGUCACUUCCUUGUCAUAUUUAUUUUUCUAAUGGUCUUUAGCGAGAAUAUUUUUAAAACACAAUAAUUAAGGCCCACAAAAGUUAUUUAUAUAUGUGUUUAACGCACAAUAAAAACAGUGUAAUAUAUGUUUAUUUUAAGAAUCAACUUUACAAUUUUUUUAAUUAUAUGACAAGUC